AUUGCUUGGCACUUUUCGUGGGACCAGCCAUUCGUUAUUCGAGUGCUGCAUCCUAUUUGCUUUGAAAUGCAUCUGCUUAGAAAUGUGAGCACAAUGAAAAUCCAAGGAUGCGAGGUUUCAGGCACGGCAGGCGACUUCAGCUGAGCUCCUGCGACGCAUCCGUCCUCGUCCAGUCCGGGACCACAAGCCACCAGGCUCUUCAGCCGGAUGUCUCUUGUCUUGCUGAUAAGAAGCGAGUUAUGGUCCUCCAACUGAGCAGCACAGUUUAAUGUUUCUCAUUCGCUCUUUGACCCACAUCCAACAACAAAGCCCACCAAGCAAACUCAACGCGUAACUAUACUCCUGGACGAGACUCAAGCCAUAAUUAUUGCUGCCGCCUGUCUUGCAUAAUGGCUCCCCGCAAAGAACUCGUUCUCAUCACCGGAGCGACCGGCUUUGUUGGGUUUCUCACCCUCUUGGACCUCCUCAAGUCUGGAUACCGCGUUAGGGCCGCGGUGCGCUCGCAGUCAAAGGCCGACAGCAUCCUAGCCACACCUGCCAUCCAGGCCCUGAGCCCGUCCAAAGAUGACCUCUCAUUCGUUAUCGUCUCUGACAUGGCCGCGCCAGGGGCGUUCGACGCUGCUCUGCAAGGUGUGACCUACGUGGUGCACCUCGCAGCCCCCGUGCCGUCAUUUACUGGCCAGGUCACGGUCUCUGCUGACAAGUACGAAUCGUACUUUAUCCGCGGCCUCGUUGACAGUCAUGUCGGGAUGCUCGAGAGCGCCGCCGCCGCGGGCACUGUCCGCCGUGUCGUCCUGACCAACACCGUCAUGGCCGUCAUCCCCUUUGCGUUCUUCACCGGGUCUCCCGAUGUGGACUACACCAAGCGCUUUACUGAGGAUGACCGCCAGCCAGACCCCAAGGGCCCCUUUUUCGGCGAGUUUGACUCGUAUGCCGCCGGCAAGGUGGCCGCACUGAACGCGACCGAGAAGUGGGUCGCAGAGAAUGGGCAGCGUGCCGGCCUCGACAUCAUCAGCAUCCUGCCCGCCGCCGUCUUUGGCCGCAACGAGGUCGUCAGCUCGGUUGCCGACCUCAAGGCCGACGGCACCAACACGGUGCUGCUGGGCCUCCUGCUCGGCAACAAGGGCGAGUUCCCCCACAAUGGGAACGCCGUCCUCGGCGAGGACGUGGCGAGGGCGCACGUUGCAUCGCUGGACCCCAGCGUCAAGGGGAACCAGGCCUUCAUCACCAGCACCCCGAUCGUCUACGAGGAUGCCCUUGAUGUGCUCCGCACAAAGUUCCCCGAGGCUGUCAAGGCCGGCAAGCUGAGCGUUGAGGGCAAGCAGCCCACGCUGAAGAUCAGCACUGAUGCGUCCAAGACUGAGGAGACUCUUGGCUUCAAGUUUGCUCCCUUUGAGAAGGCUGUCGAGCAGGUUGCUCAGCAGUACUUGGAUCUUCUGGCCAAAGAAUGAGCCUAUUGAGUCAUGAAGACAUAUUUGACCUUCUCCUGAGGCCGACACGCACUGAUACAUGUUCCUGUUGCCCCAACGCUACCUGGAGACUCGAAGACGUUGGAGUUAUGGACUGGCCCGUGGAACAGGUGGCAACGCCGUCUAAUAGAGGAGUUGACCGAAUGUACUAGUAGAGAGUCUUGAAAAUACUUUGAAAUGGAACAUUCGUGCUCCACCAAUAUGAAGGCAUUUGCUCAUCAUUUGGCAACCGGAGCUUAGA